UAAGAAAAGCCGGUGACAGCCAGAACAAAUAGCGGAAGUCAUUUCGACUCCAUUGACGCUAAGAUUCGCCUAUGUACAUUUUUUUUUCACGUUUCAAUAUUCUCAACACGCAAAAAUAAAAACUUGAAGGGGUUCGGCUUAAUACAAGAGACCAUGGAUUGAACUCGUAGUUAGUUUCAGACAAUCAACCUAAGUAUCGAAAACAAAACACUAAAAACAAAAAAAAACAGAAACACAAACCCAGAAGGCGAAAACGAAGCACCCCAAAAAAUCAAAAACGAAACGUCCAAAACUCGAAAACAAAGCAAACCAACUGUCCCAUUGACAUUUUUCUCAACUACUCCGACAAUAAUAACUCAUUUCCCUUGAUCACUAUUACUAUAAGAGCCAAAAACGUGGGGACGAAUGAAAGAAAUUUAAUCAAGCAUUACACCAGUACACCUUGGGGAAUUGGUAAGCGGACAUUUAUGCAAUAGGUAUUAGCAUAUACUGUCGAUCAAACGUGACUAGCGUGAAAGUUUCAACAUCAUUUGAUGACAGGAGAAGUCAAACAAACAUCCUUUAUCGAUUCUUCAUAAUGGGAUUUUUAUUAAGUCUGAGUCUCAUUUAUGGUGCAGGGCACAGGUAUUGUUUCAAACCCAUUGCAUUUUGCUGAUAGUUAUCUGUACACACAGGGCUACGUGGUUCAAGUCAUCCUUCGCUUGAUUUACGGGACGAUUUCAGCGAUUGCCUCUGUACAAGACGUUGGACGCCAAACAAGCAAAGCACUUAAACAUGGACAACUCCACCGCCAUUGCUCCAUCCGUGAAAUCGCUUGUAACCAAAAUCAACUGCCUUCACUUGGAAGAGGAAUGGAUCGCUGCAAAGGAGUCACUCGUCAGCAACGUGAUCGUGGCUGUGCUAAACUUGCUAACAGCUCUGACAGCAAUAAUCGGCAACAUGUUAAUUCUCCUGGCCGUGUCGAGAACGCCGACGCUCCGAACUCCGUCGAACACUCUUCUCUGUUGCCUGGCGUUCGCGGAUUUGCUAGUCGGCCUCGUCGUUCAACCGACUUAUGCUCUGCAAAUGGUCUUCGAAAUACAAAGAAACGUUCGAUCUUUUUGCAUCACCAAGAUCAUGACAUCCGGCUCGCUAUCUUGGAUUUGCGCGGGAGUUUCCUUCCUGGUCAUAUCGGCCAUUGCAGUCGAGAGACUUCUCGCUAUAGAACUACACUUGCGAUACAAGGAAUUGGUUACCAUUCCUCGGAUUUUGCUUGUGGCGGUUUGUUUCUGGAUCCUUUGCUCGGCUCUGAUCAUUGCGCACUUUCUGGGCGCCCGGUACAAGACUCUUGUCCUAAUCAUCGUUAUCAUGGACGUGUCGUGUAUAACCAUCACAAUGUUCGCGUACCUAAAGAUUUACCUCCAGAUUCGACACCUCCAGAAUAAGACCAGAGAUCAAAUGCACCUUACUCCGCCCGGAAUGAACAUCAGCAGCUUCAAGCGGUCCGCAGUCACCAUGCUGUACAUCAUGCUGGUGUUUGUGGCUUGUUACAUCCCUUUUCUAUCCACGCUAGUGGUCAGGAUGCACCAAGGUCGGAGUCUCCGUUUGAACAUCAUCUACAACUUCACAGCCGCAAUCGUUUACAUGAACUCUUCACUGAAUCCCUUUAUCUACUGUUUUCGCAGUAAGGACAUUCGUAUCGCUGUGUUCAAGUUACUCGGUAGGAAAUACACGAUUGAUUUCAACGGAGAUGUUGUUCCAGUUUCUCUCUCCACGCAGAGGAUUAACAGUCUCAAGAACUCAACUUUUCAACCCUCACCACCUCUAAAUGGAUUAGCCGACACUCAACUUUGACAGGGCAAGCUGGAGCCAGCUUGGCUAAUUUGUUUAGUCGAUUUUGCAUGAAAGGUUUUCUGUAAAAACCUCAAAGUACAUCUUUGCUCGUUAAUUUAAGUAAAAGAACAAUUUAUUGUCUUUUUUUUUUUUUCAAGUUAGCAGUUCAUACUUAAGAAACCUAGAGAAGAUUCGCCAGAGGCAAAGCUACAUAGUCUUCCAACACUGGGACAGGAAUAUAUUUAGUCAAAAGAGACAUGAAACAAAGGAAGUACAAGUAUUGUCAAAAUGAUACAAUUUUUUCCGCGUUAAGCUCAGUAAAAUGUUGUUUAUUUUGUUAAUAUUUCAUUGCAUUUUAAUAUCCUUUUUCUAUUUAAUCUAUGAAAAGAAUGAAGAAAAAUUGUCUCCUUGUUUGACG